GUGAAUUGAAAGCUAAGCUACAGAGAAUAAUGCGCAAUUAAUCAAUUAAUAAAUACAGAUAAUCAGAUAAUGAUUGAUGAAUUAUUAUUAGUAAUAGUAUGAGAUAAAGGAAUUAUGGUGUGGUCGUGGAUAGUGAUCGGAGAUUGUGAUCAAUCGAACAAUUCUAACCCUAACGCCGUGAUUACGGUGGUUCGUGCGAUGGUUGCGGCGGUCAUGGGCUGUCUCUUCGGCUGUUUCAAGAUCAAGGAUGUUACGGGUCCUAAUGUUCCUUGUAAUGCUCCACAAUCGAAUCGAAUCUCGCAAUCUACUCCUACUAAGGAACCUUUGGUGUCUCGCAAUAGAAGUCCACUAUCUUCACUUUUAACUGAAGAUAAAGAUGAGACCAACACUUUGGGCUGCGAAGAAAUGGAGAAUCAGAGUUCGGAUACACCUAUCACACAAUUGGACACAAAUGAUCUUAGGAAUCAGGCCAAGUUUCUCAAAGCUUGUGGAACCUUACCUGAGACCCCUGCAGAAAUUCGAAACUGCUCGGUGAAAUGCCAAAACCUGUCUGCUCCAGUGGAAGAAGUUGAACCUUUAAAAUUCAAUUCCUGGCCCUCUGAUGCAACAUUUCAGAAGCUCAUCUCUAAUUCGCAACCUGAUCAGCUCACACCUAUCAGAACCAAUGGAGUAAACAAGCAAUCUGGUUCGUUGGUGCAUACGCCUAGCAGUUGUUUGACUGAUGGACAAAGUGGUCAAAGUUUCUCUAAGAACUCCAUUGAUGGCAGUGGCGAUUCUAACACUCCGAUAUUCACCAAGGUUAAUGCUAAUCUGGCUCUUAAUGAUAACACGGCUUCAGCAGCUUUACCAGUCACUGCUCCAGCUUCCCAGUACAGAUACAGAUCUGUCCAUUUCGAAAGCGAGUCAGAUCUGUCUUCUGUGUCAUCAAAAUGUAUUUCAUCUGAAACCAGUCAAAGUUCCGCACUGUCUGAAUCACCAGGCAACUAUCAUGCAUCAAAGUAUUCACCCUAUCCAACCCCAUUAAAGCUAACUGAUGAGAUGCAAACGCCUGGAACCUUUUUUCCAGCAUAUUUGGACCACAUGGGAAUUGCUAAAACUGGACGGAUCAGGUCUCAGUUUGUGUAUCCUGUUUUAAACCCUGUGGAUAAUGCGUCACAGUUGAAGGAAUUGUUAAAUGAAGAUUCUUACUCCACUCAAGAUUCCAAUUCUAGAUUAUUGUCCAGCCACACGACAGAUUUUGAUCAAAGGCCUGAUGAAGCAAACCUUAUAUCAGACCUAGGAAUAUUCGGAUUCACAGAAACUUCAGUUGAUAAAGAUUCAAAACCACUUACAAUCAAUCAGGUGCAGAGUAAGCAGCAUCUUGGUUCUGUUUAUGGUGGUGAAAAUGUUCAUUAUAGUAAAACUCCUGGAGAUAGACCUAUUAUUGGGUUGGUUGCUGCUCAUUGGAAUGAUGAUGAAACUUCUCGUAUAUCACCUAAAUGGUGGGAUGGAAAUGGGAUUCCAAAUUCUACUAACAAGUACAAAGAGGAUCAAAAAGUUAGUUGGCAUGCAACACCGUUUGAGGAGAGACUGGAGAAGGCAUUGUCACAAGAAACUAAUAUUCCACAAAGGACGCAACUCAGUGAGACGCUACCAAUUGCUUUAGGUGAAACUGAGGAACCAGAUACUGCUAUAUCCCAAAAGCACUGAAAAUCCUCAGUUGCAUUUCAGUUCCAUCAUUCAGAAACAAAUUCAUGGUUUAUUCCUAGGCUUUUGCUUCCUUUGAGCUGAGAUGCUGCUCAGACUCAGUUGUCUUACACAGACAUUUACAUGUGUUUGCUUCAUUUCUGAUGAAGGCCUUGAUACAACCCUUUGAAUUGUUAGUUUAAUAAUGUAUAGAGUAAUUGACAAAUCUGCAUAUGGAUCUUUAUUGUUUCCCUUCUACUUUGUGAUGACGGACUAUUUUUGGCCUACUAGAUGAAAGAUGGUAUAUUGCGCAAUUUAGUAUUAAAACCUUAGGGCCUAUCUAGCCUUCUAGGUACCAUUUGAUGUCUCUAUUAUAAAGAAUAUUCCUCAUGCACGAAGUGCUCC